AUGAUAAAUAGACCAGUGCAGACAAAUAGGCAUGAGGUGGAGAAGAUUUUGGCUACGAAACGGUUACGAGGGAAGACCUUGUACAAAGUUCGUUGGAUAUCAUACGGCCCCGAAGACGAUACGUGGGAACCUGCCAGUCAUCUCAAGGGAUGUCAAGAAUUAAUUGAAGAAUUCAUAGUAGAGGAGGAAGCUCGGAAGUCUUCCUCUCAGACAAAGCCGAAAGUCAUGAAAAACACCAAAGUGGUAGUCAAAGAAUCCACAAAGAUUAUUGAUAUGAACUCGACCAGAGGUGUCAACGUCGAAGAUCUAAACAGCAGGGUGACUGUGAGUGAGAGAGGAGAUUGGAGGGAUGAUGCGUUGCUACGGAGAUCUACGCUGAGAGGACGGUACAGGGUGGAUACCACACCCAAGAUGAUGCUUAACUCUCGGGUGCAGCCUGAGAAAGUGGAAACGGUGGAAGAAGACACAGAAAGUGAGAAUGAGGAAGCUGCAACAUCGCCCUUCAUUGCAUUUAUGUGCAUCGUAUUAAUCAUACUAGUCAUCCUCUUUAUUUACUUGACAACAAAAUGAACAAUUUUUUUUGGUAGAAAAUCCCAAGGUGCUUAAAUGAAAAUAUCCAGCAGUGCAUUUGUCAUUCUUGGCCCAUAAAAACCAACACUAUGCACUGGUAAUGUAGUAACAAAGUCUUUCAAACAACAUUGGGGGAACAGGCCGGCCCCUAUUUCCUUAUCUCGGGACUAUGUUAUUCUAGUCGUAAAUCUAUCAAAAUCAACGUGGAUUGGUGGCUUAGGAAUUGGACAGGGUAUAUUGGUAAUGGUUUACUAUGGAUAUUUAAAAAAAACACUAUUAUUUGAACAGAAAGAAUGUUCCAUUUUAAUUGGGCAAAAACAUGUAUGGAAAUAUUUGGGGGUAUUGUGAGAAAGAUAUUUGGCUAUAGGGCCAUCGCAUAUUUGUCCUUUGAAAAAAAUAUAGGUAGAAAACAAGCAAUUUUCAAAAUUUUAAAAAUGGCUGCCAUUGC